AUGCAGAGGCAUUGUCGCGCUAUCCUGGGUAGCCUGGCCAAGAACAAAACUGAUUCAACUAUGGAGGACACUAGCAGCAGUUCAUCCUCUAGCGAUUCUGUAUUCACAAUCCCAAUCAACUACCGACUUGUUGAUUUUGUGGGAAAGGGCGACUAUGGACUAGUAGCUAAAUGCAUACGCAGCGACACCGGUGAAGCUGUGGCCCUAAAAAUCUCAAGAUAUUCCUACACUGCCGCACAAGAGGCCUCCAUAUUACAAUACCUCAUGGAGAAGAAUCUGGACCAGAACAACAUUGUUAAGUUCUAUGACUGGGACCAGAUCAAGAACACUACGAGUCUGGUGUUUGAAUUGCUGGAUGUGAACCUGUCACAAUACAUGGCGGAGCACAGUGAGAACCGCCUACCUCUGAAGGACAUCAGAUUCAUCAUCAAAGAGUUGGCCACAGCACUGAGUGCAUUAAGAAGUGCCGGAGUGAUCCAUUCAGAUAUUAAACCAAAAAAUAUCAUGCUGGCAAAGGAUCAAAAGCAGCUUGUAGGAGUAAAGCUGAUCGACUUCGGCCUGGCGUUCCAUACACGUGAAGCUGUGGUGGGCGGUUAUUACCAAAUACCUUAUUACAGGGCACCAGAGAUUAUACUGGGACUCCCUUUCACAGAAGCCAUUGACUUGUGGUCCCUCGGUGUGGUGAUGGGACAGAUGAUGUUUGGUUCAUUGAUCUUCCCUUGGUUCGUCGAGUAUAGUCAGAUGAAGACUAUCUGUGAGAUCUUGGGCCAACCAGCAGACCAUCUUCUUGAUGCGGGUCUAAAAACAAAAGACUUCUUCAUCAAGAAUUCUAGUGACCAGUGGAUGAUGACGACAUAUGACCAGUACUCUAAUAAAAUCUCUAUUGGCAAGAAGAGGUACCCCUUCAGCUCUCUGGAUGAUCUGAAAAUGUUGAGUAAGGAGAUGGUGAGUGAUGAAGAAGCUCAAGAAUGGAUGCAGGCUGUUGAACUCCUGAAAGCAAUUUUUCAGGUGGAUGCCAAUAAGAGGAUCACUCCCACCGGAGUCCUGAAUCAUCCCUUCAUCACCCAGAGCUAUAUCAGUGAAACUCUACAACCAGUUGCCAAUGAGCCCAGCACCCGUCAGGCCUGGCCUGACAUAAUGAGGGCCGAGACUGCCAUUGGGGCUGAUUGCAGUACCCAGGACUGUCAGGGUGAUAGAAAUACCACGUCAGAGUACAGUAUUGAAACCCUAAUGCUGGAUCCUAAACAUGUUGCACUUCCUGACACCACCAAGGAGAUCCAGACAAUCACCACCACAGAGCUGGAUCAAACCACAACAGAGUUCCUCAGAGGCUUGUCCUGGUUGAGGAAGAUAUGUAGCUGUUGUGGUUCUGCGAAAGUUUGGCCUGAGCCUCAAUAG